CAGAAGAAGGGUGUUCAAAAUAGACAGAACACCAGAAUCAGUCCAAGUCACCCAAAACCAGUUGAAUCUCUCGUGCAUCCCACCGCGUCUAAUUCAAAAAUACAGAUCAAACCCCCUCAUUCACUCUCAAAAAUAUCUGGUUUAUUCUAACAUAUUAUCAUUAGUUUCUCUAAUCGCAUCCCAUUCUUGUAUCCCCCCAAGAUGGCAGGAAAACAGAAGAAGGCGGAAAACGCUACAGCCAAAGCUAUAUCUAAUGAUAUCGUGGAAAUGUACAACAGAGGAAUCCCACUAUUCACAAAAGAGAGUAUCCUUCAAAUCGCUAUGCAGCUUGACAAGUACAGAGACGAUGAGCUAGAAGGUACCAAACUCCACUUCACCAAUAUGAAGGGAGAAGGUGUCGAAAUUACCCUCGACCCGAACAAGCCGCCAGUUUGGGUGGAUAGGCGGUGCAACCAUGGUUACAAACGUGUUGGCCCGUAUAUAUACUACCGUUCAAUACAAAACAUCCUUGCUCAAGAAGACAUGGUGACCCCCAACCCCCAGAAAGCUUGCCUCGGAAUAGGGGUUACGUGGCCAGGCCCAUGCCCAGUGGUACAUCACCACAAGGUGCCUUCGCCCGAUGCAACUCUGUCCACCGUCUUCUCUACGGCGGAGCUAAGUCAAGUAUUCAACAGCGUGAGACGGCAGUGGGAGACGAGCGAACAGUACAACCAGCUCAAAAAGCUACUCAAGUCGAAAAGAUCGCAGUUAUCCAACGUCAAGAAAAUUGUUGCUUUCGCCUUGGGAACGCUAACCAAUGGCUCGAGAAUUUCAAAUCCUUCGAUGGUCCAGCACGCGCUUGUCCUCAGUCUUCAGCAGAUGCUAUCGAAGACGAAAGGGGGCGACAACAGGAUCUCCGGAAUAUUCCAGACCAUUAAGGGCUCCUUGUCGAAUAGCAAGGCGGCUGAGCUUCCAAUCCCGUGUUUUGCGCAAGAUCCGGCUUACUUGCCCCGAGACAAGACGGUCCUGUCGGAGGCAGGAAUCACGGUUAUAGAGGAUCCUUGGGCGUUUCUGGAAGUGGACCAUACGAGUCUCGUAGUGUCUGUUGAUCCUAACAUUCCUGUGCGACAGAUCAUUGCUGAUAUCGCACGCCCUGUGGCGAUUAUCCAACACAGAAUGAUGGAGAUGAAUGGGCCAAAGUCUCGAGCUUGUGCUGAUCACUCAUCUACGCGAGUUCAACGGAUGCUAGAAGAUGAGUACGAUGAGGAACAUAUAGCUUAUCAUGAAUCUUUACACGACGUUGUCAUGUACAUCAGAAAGCCCAUCCGCGAGUAAAAAUCAUGUAACCAACUUAACUUCUUAGUUCAGUUUAAACUGGCUGUUUCUAUUAGAGCUAAUUACUCGAUACCGCUAGGUAUAGCUUCAAGCUAACAAACACAAGCUAACAAACACAUAUACAUGCCUAUGCUAUCGUAUCAUAAUAACCCACGCUCUCAAAGGGGAGAAUACCUAGAACCUGAAAGCUACUCUUCCCC